AUGGCGAUUCCUCCACCGAUCAAGAACUCCUCCGAUUCAGAUUUCCUCCGAUUCAAAUCUCAAACAGUUGAGUGGGAGUUGAAGGAGCGACUAUGCAAGAUACAAAGAGAGAAGCGAUGCCUCAUGGUUUUUGACGAUCUUUGGGAAACUUCUCAUUGGGAUGGCUUCAAGCAUCCCUUCAUUGUCCAAGAUUUGCAGAGCAAAAUCUUGAUCACCAUGCGCGAACGGGAAGUCGCGGAGAUUGGAUGCCCCGUGAAACUUGGGUUUUUAAAAGAGGAAGAUGCUUUGGAACUACUCAAGAAGAAAGCAUUUGCCCACGCCAACAUUCCAGAGUUUGCAUUGGAAGAUAAUUUUAAGAAAAUUGGGAAAGAAAUGGUGCAAAAAUGUGGGUAA